AUGGCUUCCUCGUCUCAUCCACCCUUCGGAUCUCGAUCUGCAUACGCCGGAGCAGGAUCAAAGCUGCCGGAUCGCUCAAACCCUGUGCCUUUUAGUGCGUCAGCCUUUUCGCGAAAUCGGGGACUUGGCGGUGUAAACGCAGAGAUCGCGCAACAACAACAGCAGCUACAACAAUCUCAACAACAUCCUCCUCCAGCACCGCCAGCGCAUACGCAAAGUCAUGCUGCGGGCCCGAUGGGACAGGAUUCCGGAGCUGCGAACCCGCUGGGUCGGUUAACAGAAGAGCAGCGAGAGGAGAUCAGUGAGGCUUUUACGCUAUUCGACCUCGAUCGCGACCGUCAUCUAGACUACCAUGAACUCCGCGUCGCCCUACGCGCUCUCGGGUUCACUCUACCAAAACAAGAGCUCAUCAGUCUCCUCACCACAUACGGCGUUCCCCGGCCCCAAGUUCAACAACAACAGCAGCAAGGACAAGGACAGAACGGACCACAGCCACAGCCAUCAUCACAAAACAAAAUCAACCCUCCACCGCAUCCGUCGUCGCUAUUGAUGCCGCUCUCCGCUUUCCAGACCGUGACCGCACACAAAAUCCUCGAACGGGAUCCGCGAGAAGAAAUCCUGCGCGCUUUCGAGCUGUUUGAUGAAGGCGGCAAAGGAUAUAUUGACCUAGAAGACCUCCGGCGCGUGGCCAGAGAAUUGGGCGAGACCGGGCUAGAAGAGGACGAACUUAGGGCGAUGAUUGAGGAGUUUGACUUGGAGGGCGUCGGUGGUGUCACCAGAGAUGGAUUUUUGAGCAUUUGCUGGCAAUAG